AUGGACGAGGACACAGCCCAAGAGUAUUUAACUGGCGAAGAUUUGGGUCCAGACGAACCUUUUGGUGCCGCUGGCGGUCAAGGUACUGGUAUCGCAGAAGGGUCAGAUGGGGGUUCGGCAGAGAAACGUGCACUGUUGGCUCGCAUAGCUGUUUUGGAAAGCCAGUUGCAAGAUCGUCCAACAGUCCCUACUACUUCUCCUGUUCCGAAGCCUCUGACAGCUGCAAGUGCCAGCAAGGCGCCUAUGUUGUUUGGUGCUCAGCCUGCAGUUCUAGACGAUCAGCAGUGGGGUCGGCUCCAGCGCUUGGCGGGGGCCCCACCUCCUCGAGCUGGCCAGGUCGAACAACGUCGCUUGGCGGUUGGUCCAGCCACCACCUACCGCGACAAUGCUCUACUUGGACUGGAACGCGAAGACCCGCUGCACCAGAUCCUGGCCGCUCAGCUUCAGCAGAAUCAACUUUUGCUUCAGCGGAUGGCGCCCCGCCAUUCAGACCCAGUGCUGGGGGCUCUCGCCGGCUCGGACAACGGGUCCGGCAGUGGAGGAAAUGUCAAAGGAUGCCUUGCGAGAGAGACAUUUCAAAGGACCAUUCAGGACCUUCCUCGAGUGGCCAACCAUGCCAGACUGAACGCUCUGCGAGAGCUGGGGAUCAGCCCCGAGAAGGAGGAUGCUUCACUCAUGAGGAAGUAUGUGGAGAGGCGCAUCCUCCUAGCAGAGUUCAAGCUCCUAGCUUUGGUGGCAACUAUGCUGGCAGAGAGCUGGGCAGUCGGCUACGAAACCGGCGACAUGGUUCUCCUCGGAACCGUGGCCCGAAUGCUUUUCUUUGUGGAGCAGGCGGCAAUCGACUCUGGCAAGACUCAAUUAGCAUGGCUCUUGACGGGCUACAGCGAACCGUCCCUUCAUAUGAUGGUGUCUUCGAAGAAGCGACCAGGUCUGGAACCAUUCGCGCGUCUAUGCCCUCCGGCAUGGAUCAGCGCAAAUUUGUCCUAUCUGAAGGACUUGGACUUCAUGGAAACCCGACUGCAGUCGCUCGAGAAGGGCCCGAAGAAUCCCAAGGCCAAUGCAGCCGACGACAAAGAGAAUCCUCAGCCAAAGAGACCAAAUCCCAAGCCGAAGGGCAAGGGAAAGGGAAAGUCCACUCCAGCUAGCCUGACUAGCAACACCUGCACUGUGCAUGGCACUCAACCCAGUGCCUUAUGGCCAGUUCCCCCCUUCAGGUGGCGAUGGACCGGAAAUGGUAGACCCAAUCCCAGGCGGCGCAUCCGCCUUAAGCGCCUUCGAUUGCUUGCUGAGUUCAUGAACAUCAUGAUUUGCACGUUAAACUGGGAGACCCUAGGACAGGCCAAACGGCCUCCUGUACAUGCAUGUAUUGGUUCCCAUAUCACGCCACAGCAGCAUUUGAUCAUAGAGCGCUUAGAAUCUUUCCUUUUGCACACUUUUAACAUGGCCCCCUUUGAGGGCGGUGAGCUAGGGCGUGCAGCAGGCAAAUUUCAGGGUUUAAUUGAUUCUUUGAAGGAACUCCCCAAUACCAGCUUGGAGUCGCAGGACCUCUUAGAAUUGUUGACUGACAUGCACAACAGUUUUGAUCCAUACAGCUCGCAUUUUGCGGAUGAGAAAACUCAGCCAUCUCGCAGCCCAGCUCACCCGAGUGAGCCAGAUAUCGGUGAAAGCACUGUUACAGUGAACUUGCCUAGUGCCAAACCGGUGAUUGCAUCGCGUGUUAAAUGGAAAAACCCUCCGUCGUUCGAAGCGGCGGAUUACCUGGACCCCCUUGUGAAAGAAGCUUUCCUUGACCCUGAGGUCCUAAGUCCGCAAGCGCGAUGUGAGUUGCAGAUCUUAGCCGUUUUGGGUCCAGUUUGCCAAAGUGACAUUCGUGCCAAGCAUUCAACAAGAAUCUUUUCCACAGAUGCAAGUCCUUCAGGAGGGGCAGUUAUCGCAGCAGACAUGGGUUCAACAGCAUCCGGCGAAAUCUGGAGGCACUGUGAACAGCGGGGAUUUUACACCCGACUCCAAUCUCCUGUUAGUGAAAUUCUGCAAGAGAAGGGGUAUGAACCUUGUUCGAAUGAAGCCUUCAUUUCAGCAGCGUCUGUUCCUACUCCGGCAGUCAUGCAUGUUCCAGCUCCAAUGACUGAGGGCAUUUUGUAUGAUUGCAUUGAAAUUUUCAGGGGAACAGGGAACUGGUCUGAAGCACACAGUCAGCAUGGCUUCCGUGUGCACGAUGGGAUCGACAUCAGCGGUCGGCGUUUGCGAUUUACUGAUAUGGCUGCUCCAAGCACUUUUCAUGAACUGAAAGCCCUUGCCUUGCGUCGUGUGUGCCUCGACUGGCAUGCCGGUGUUCCUUGUGUAGGAUUUGGUACUCUUAGGACAGCCUUUCUGCUCACCCUGGUGCUACUGUCAGGUCACUUCGUGAGCGUGGAGCAACCAGGCCAACCAGUAUCCCAAUUCUCCGGUGCAUAUCCCAAAAGGUUGGUUGAGCACAUGGCCUCGGGCCUCUCGCUGGCUUUGAAGGGUUCAGCUGGAAGCAUCCCACUGCAACAUCGCCUUGCGAGUUUGCGCGAGGUUGGAUUUUCAGAUGAGGAUCUUGUGCCUAGUCCUAAUACAGAGCCGCCUUUUGCCACUCGUGCAUGGUUUGAAGGACCUGAAUGGAUCACAGAGCUCUGUGAUUGCCUGCCGUUUAAGGAGCUUUUCCGAUAUAGAUUUAAACGAUCGGGGCAUAUCAAUGUGAAUGAGAUGCGGACUUAUAAGUCUUUUCUUAAGUCUUGUGCAAAGAGUGAAGCCGAUUCCAGGGUAGUUGCGUUACUAGAUUCUAGGGUCACCAUCGGAGCCGCAGCCAAGGGGCGGUCAUCUUCAGCAGCGCUUAGCCGUGUGCUGCGUAGUUCACUGGCGUAUAUUCUGGGAGCGAACUUGUAUCCUGGAUUGUUGCAUUGUGCUUCAGAAGUCAACCGUACAGAUGGACCUUCAAGAGACAAGCCUGUCGCGCCUCCGACCAAAGAUGAACCAUCCUGGCUGACUGACUUAAAGAUGGGAAAAACCCGGAAGUUUGACGCAGUGGUUGAAUCCAGCCGCAUACCCAAAAAUCCUGCUCGUUGGCUCAGAUUUUUGCUGAUGUUGUGUGGCGACAUUGAGCCCAACCCAGGGCCCCGUCGUGGGCCAAUGAAUUUACAGAUUGGUUUUGUGAAAGCCACCUCAACUCGGAUGGCCAAGUGUUUUGAAGCUUUUCAGACAUGGUGUUCUGAGCGACUGGAGAUCGAUUCCGAUGUGGUUUGUUCAGACAUGCAAGUUUUGGCCUGGGCUUUGCGAGCCUAUGGGAUGUAUUUGUUUGAGGCCGGGCUACCACGGUACCUCCUGGUCUAUGCAAUAACUGCUUCUCAGGACUUAUUUCCGGCAUGCAAGCCCUGGUUGAAUUUAGCAUGGCAAAUAGACCGAAAGUGGCAACUCCAUGAACCUGGCAGCUGCCGGGCUGUUCUUCCUGCUGUCAUCGUAAAAGCGAUGGCUUGCCUCGCUGGUUUGUGGAACUGGAAGUGCUGGACAGGGGUUUUUCUUUUGGGCUUUGCUGGGAUGCUUCAUCCUAGUGAGAUGCUGGCAUUGACUCGGAAGGAUUUAGUCUUUCCUCGUGAUCUGAACUAUGACCAGCCCGCUCUCUACCUGAGAGUCCGUGAUCCCAAGACUGCCCGUUUUGCGAGGCGGCAGCACAGUCGAGUGGAUGAUGCAGGCAUUAUCAGCAUUGCAGAGUCAGUUUUUGGCAGCCUUCCCUUGUCUGAAAAAUUGUACCCUGGUUCCAUCAAUACUUUUCGUAGACAGUGGAAUUGUAUCAUGGAUGCACUUGGAAUCCCCUGUAAGCAGCGAGACAAUGGUGCGACGCCUGGAGUCCUUAGAGGUUCUGGGGCCACAUAUUUCUACACCUCGACAGAGGACCUGUCCUGGGUUGCUUGGCGGGGCCGUUGGUCCCGAGUCAAAACACUUGAGUUUUAUCUUCAAGAGGUUGGUUCACAUAUGCUUAUUCAUGAGUUGGACAAUUGGGCAAAAGCAAAAAUCUUUCCUUUAGCAGAUGCUGCUCCAGCAGUCCUCUGGCGUGUCUUUGACCUUGCAGUGCAGUAG